CACAGCAGCAGCAGUUCCGAGUGAGAAGGUGUUAUCAAGGCUGAAGGCACAGCUUUCAGUCCAUGCUUCUGUAGAGGAGUUCAGAUGGGAUUAAAGUCCACAUGGAGAUAUGGAAAAGAACCAGGAACUUGCACUAAAAAGAUGGUCAGCUGGGAUUCGGCUUGCUUUAUCUGCCUGGUGGUGGUCACCAUGGCGGGACUUGCCCUAGCAAGACCAUCAUUCAAUUUAGUUGUUGAAGAUGCCACUUUGGAACCUGCAGAGCCUCCAACCAAAUACCAAAUCUCUCAGCCAGAUGUAUAUUCGACACUUCCGGGAGAACCACUUGAGUUGCGCUGUCAGUUGAAAGAUGCCAUCAUGAUCAGUUGGACUAAAGAUGGGGUCCCAUUGGGGCCUGACAAUAGAACAAUGAUUAUUGGGGAAUAUUUGCAAAUUAAAGAUACUACACCAAAAGAUUCGGGCCUCUACUCUUGUACAGCUGUUAGGACCUUAGAAAGUGAUUCUCUGUACUUCAUUGUAAAUGUCACAGAUGCUCUAUCAUCUGGGGAUGAUGAAGAUGACAAUGAUGCCUCUGAGGACUUUGUGAAUGACAACAACCAGAGGAGAGCACCCUACUGGACACAUACCGACAAAAUGGAGAAAAGGUUACAUGCAGUCCCAGCAGCUAACACUGUUAAGUUUCGUUGUCCAGCGAUGGGAAACCCAACACCAAGCAUGCGGUGGUUGAAAAAUGGAAAAGAAUUUAAGCAAGAACAUCGCAUUGGUGGAUAUAAGGUACGAAACCAGCACUGGAGUCUCAUUAUGGAGAGCGUAGUCCCAUCUGACAAAGGAAAUUACACGUGUAUAGUGGAAAACGAAUAUGGGUCCAUCAAUCACACAUACCACCUUGAUGUUGUUGAACGAUCUCCACACAGGCCUAUCCUGCAAGCUGGUCUACCAGCCAAUGCCUCUGCAGUAGUUGGAGGUGAUGCUGAGUUUGUCUGUAAGGUCUACAGUGAUGCUCAACCUCAUAUUCAGUGGAUAAAACACAUCGAGAAGAAUGGCAGUAAAUACGGGCCAGAUGGAUUACCGUACCUUCAAGUUUUAAAGCGUUCGGGGAUAAAUAGUUCCAAUGCUGAAGUGCUGACACUGUACAAUGUGACAGAGGCGGACGCUGGAGAAUAUAUUUGUAAGGUCUCCAAUUAUAUAGGGGAGGCCAACCAGUCUGCCUGGCUCACUGUUCUACCAAAUACAAAAGCUCCUGAGAAAGAAAAAGAAAACCCGACAUCCCCAGACUACCUGGAAAUAGCCAUUUACUGCAUAGGGGUCUUCUUAAUUGUCUGCAUGGUGCUAACAGUCAUCCUGUGUCGUAUGAAGAACACCACCAAGAAGCCUGACUUCAGUAGCCAGCCUGCUGUUCACAAGCUGACAAAGCGCAUUCCUCUCCGCAGACAGGUAACAGUGUCUGCAGAUUCUAGCUCCUCCAUGAACUCCAACACACCUCUAGUAAGAAUAACCACUCGCCUCUCCUCAACGGCAGAUGCCCCAAUGCUGGCAGGCGUCUCUGAGUAUGAACUGCCAGAAGACCCCAAAUGGGAAUUUCCCAGAGAUAAGCUGACGCUAGGUAAACCCCUUGGGGAAGGUUGCUUUGGGCAAGUUGUCAUGGCAGAAGCGGUGGGAAUCGAUAAAGACAGGCCGAAAGAAGCAGUUACUGUGGCGGUGAAGAUGUUGAAAGAUGAUGCUACAGAAAAAGAUCUGUCUGACCUGGUGUCAGAAAUGGAGAUGAUGAAGAUGAUCGGGAAGCACAAAAAUAUCAUCAAUCUUCUUGGAGCCUGCACACAGGAUGGUCCAUUGUAUGUGAUAGUAGAAUAUGCUUCUAAAGGGAAUCUGCGUGAAUACCUGCGAGCACGGAGACCUCCUGGAAUGGAAUAUUCGUUCGAUAUUAACAGGGUGCCAGAGGAACAGAUGACAUUCAAAGACUUAGUAUCAUGCACGUACCAGUUGGCAAGAGGCAUGGAAUACUUGGCUUCACAGAAAUGCAUUCAUCGGGAUUUAGCAGCAAGAAAUGUUUUGGUAACUGAAAACAAUGUAAUGAAAAUAGCAGACUUUGGCUUGGCCAGAGACAUCAACAAUAUAGAUUAUUACAAAAAGACUACUAAUGGCCGGCUGCCUGUGAAGUGGAUGGCUCCAGAAGCCCUGUUCGAUAGAGUUUACACACAUCAAAGUGAUGUUUGGUCAUUUGGUGUGCUAAUGUGGGAGAUCUUCACUUUAGGAGGGUCACCUUAUCCAGGAAUUCCAGUGGAGGAACUUUUUAAGCUGCUUAAAGAAGGACAUAGAAUGGAUAAGCCUGCCAACUGCACCAAUGAACUCUAUAUGAUGAUGAGAGAUUGCUGGCAUGCAGUACCUUCACAGAGACCCACUUUUAAGCAGUUGGUAGAAGACUUGGAUCGAAUUCUCACUCUCACAACUAAUGAGGAAUACUUGGAUCUCAGUGGACCCCUUGAACAGUAUUCACCCAGUUACCCUGACACUAGGAGUUCAUGUUCCUCAGAGGAACAGAGAGACAAGAACGCUGACCUACCUACCACAAGAAGAAAAAGAUCUUUUCUCCAGGACCCCUAUGUUUCUGUUUGUACAUAUGAUAUAUAUAAGGGAAAAAAAUACUUGGAGGAAAAUAGUCAGAACUUAUGUAAAGAAUUAUAUAAUUUGGAACUCUAAAAUAUUCUGGAAGAAGAAGAAUGUUUAUGGGCCAUGUAUAGAUUCGCUUAACUGCAUCAAUUUUCUGGCUUGUUUUAAGCCAUAAUAGACUUUAUUUGUACAAUGGACCAGUUGGACUUAAGGCAAGCUCUGGGUCUGCCUUUCUUGUUUAUUUUUGUAAAAUUUGGAGAAAAUAUAUGUUGGCACCCACUUAUAGAGCACAAAUGCAGUAUAUAGGUGCUGGAUGUAUGUAAAUAUAUUCAAAAUAUGUAUAAAUAUAUAUAUAUUAUAUUUACAAUGAAUUAUUUUUUGUAUUGAUUUAAAAAUGGAUGCCAAUCCACCUAGCAAAUUAGUCUCUUUUUUAACAGCUAUUUGCUAAAUGCUGUUCUUACACCGAAUUUCUUAAUUUUCACCGUCCAAAGGUGGAAAAUACUUUGCUUUCAGGGAAAAUGGUAUAUCGUUAAUUUAUUAACUAAUUGGUAAUGUACAAAACAAUUAAUCGUUUAUAGGAUUGUUGUUGUUUUUGUAAUUUAAAUGGCAUUUCUAUGCAGGCAGCACAGAGAACUAGUAGAUAUAUUGCUCAGACUUUACUAGUUGUCAGAUCUUUUAAAAAAAAAGAAAUAUUUACAGUAUAUAACUAAUUUUGGGAAUUAAACUUUUGAUUUCUUUGCAUUUUAAACUUCAGUGUCAGAUGAUUGUUCUUCUCAAAACCAAAUCCUUUAACAAGAAGGUAUCUUAUUUUCUCUAUCUUUGAUAAGUAGGUAUCACUAAAGUAAUAAAGUUUAAUAGAACUUCCAAGGCCAAAAUAGCACCAUUACUCUUUGAAAAAAGGAGUGCUUUUAAUGAGUUUCUAAAGUAAAGAAAGACAUUAAGUUGUCUAUAACCAUAGCAGAAAGUACUGCUUUAAAAGGAGCUGAGCUUCUACACUUGAGUUGCACAUACAUCAAAUUAACUGGUAUUGUCUUAAUUGAUUUUGAUAAUAGAUUCCAGAUCUUUUGGCCUAAUAGCAUCUUUUCAGGAUGGUCCUGUAUUGUAACUUAUGUUUAAAGAGAAAAGUUAUAGUGACAAUUUGCCAUUGGAAUAUUACCAUCUUUUUAAGGGAUUAGUUCAUGCUGGCUCCAGAAUAUAUUUCGGAAUCAUUCCAUAAUGUCAGGCAUGGAGCUGGUGUCAAACAAAAUGUUGCUGCAUUUUUUCAAUUGUAUUUAAAAUAAAGUAUUGUGUUUUUACUUUCAAAACACCCACUCACACUGGUAUAGCCAUGCGAUAUGAAUGCAAAUUACACUGCUUUACGUAUUAAAAUUGGGGGGGGGGAAGUAUUAAAAUCUGUUAACUUUUGUACUGACAAUAAAAUGUUUCUACAGAUAUUAAUGUUAACAUUACAAAAUAAAUGUCA